AUGAAGUACGGAGAAACAUUCCAAGCGCAAUCUGUGCCACAAUGGGCGCCAUACAACGUCGAUUACAAUGAACUCAAGAAUCUGAUCAAAGUGCACACGACGAAAGACCAGGCACAGGCAAUUGCGAUUCCUGGGCAGGCGGAUUCGCAUCUGGAGAGGUUCGAAGCGUUAUUCUUCAAUGAAUUGUCCAAUCAGCAUGAUCGAGUCGACCUCUUCGUCAAGAGCAAGGCCGACGAAGUCCACCGACGCUUACAAUACCUUCAGAAGCUCGUGGUCAAAUUGCUAGCACGAUGUGCCGACAGUGCUGCCAUUGGCAAGCCAAUGUCAUCGAAACGGCGAGAGAAAUUUGCGAGAUAUGAUAUUCAAAUCGAAAGAUGCGGCGAGGACAUCAGAUCUCUCCAGCGAUUUACUGCUGCUCAACGAAUGGCAUUUCAUAAGAUCUUGAAAAAGUACAAGAAAUGGACUGGGUCCAGAGCUCUUGGGGAACGAUUCAAUGAUGAAAUACUAGGAAAUCCCAAGAGCUUUGUGCGUCGAGAUUUCGAACCUCUUUCCUCGGAGUACACGAGUCUCAUCAAUACUCUUCGCGCAUCGAGUCCAGACGGCAGCGGGCCUGAGACACCCUCAAUAUCUCGACGAGGAUCACGGAGACAAAGUACACAAAUACAGACGCAACCACAAACACCGCAAGGGUAUUGGAAUGAGUAUGAUCAUGGCAGUGAGGUUGAAGGCAACGAGUCGUACACGAUCUACAUAAAUCCCGAUGAGGAGUCGUUCCCAGGCUCGAAGACGUUUGCGUAUGUCUUUGCAGAGGUGAAAAAGCCAUUUGGGAAAGUCAAAGAGUGGCUCAGCCCAAAGUCCUCGCCUGGUGAACGACAACCUCUCAUCACGAAUGGCAACGAAAGCUACUUCAACGAGCAACGGAGCACGAUAGAUACCGACGACGAUGGGGCUUAUGCUUCAUCGAGCGACUUUCCGACAGGAUAUGCAGCGCAUUAUGCGACGUUCCCCAGUGUCCGCGAUCAAAAGCAUUCUCAAGCCAGGGAGAUGCUCCUAAAUCAAACAAUGUUCGGUAGCUUUGGCGCUUCUUUACUGUUUCUCCUAAUAGCAGCUAUCCUUGUAGCUACAGGGAAGAAAAAGCUACGAGUCGAAGUUGACGCAGGAGUCAUUGUUGGCAUUGUCGCAAGUCUUUGCUUCAAUAUGGCUGCGAUUGGUGCAGUGCUUGGCCGUCAACAGGACCUUGGGUGGCUACGGAGGUCACUCAUCGCUGUGACAUUUGUUUCGAUUUGCAUCUUCAAUGGUAUGCUGCUGGUUAUAGUGGCUAGUACACUGUAA